AUGGCAUUGCGGAUUUCUUCGUCCCGUUUGAGGUCAUGCGUUCGUUCAGUGGGUGGACAUGAACCCAAGGUUGCUUGGAAGCCGCGAAGAUACGGUUGGUCCCAGUGGUGUCGGACCUUCCAAGCAGACAGCCCACCUCACAGGGAGACUCUGACCAGCAGCUACGUCCACGGCACCUCCUCGCUCCCAAUGCUGUCACUCACUGUGGCUCAGAGUCUGGACCAGACAGUCCAGCGUUCACCUGAUAGAGAGGCGGUGGUCUUCCUGGAAGAUGGCAUUCGAAAAACCUUUGCACAGUUUCAGCUGGACGUAGACAAAGUGGCUGCUGGUCUCAUUGCUCUGGGACUGAAACGUGGCGAACGGUUGGGCUUUUGGGGACCCAACUCAUAUGAGUGGCUUCUCUUCCAGUUCGCCACAGCCAAAGCUGGAAUUAUACUGGUGUCGCUGAACACAGCGUAUCAGGAGAAGGAGUUGGAGUUCAUCCUUAGGAAGGUCCAGUGCAACGCAAUCGUGUGUCCGAGCUCCUUCAAAACUCAAAGAUUUUGCGACAUCAUCAAAAGGAUCUGCCCAGAGAUGGAGACCACAGCAGCAGGAGCCUUGCGGAGCUCCAGGUUGCCACACUUACGACUGGUGAUCGUCACGGAGAGCAGGCAGCCUGGAACGCUGCACAUGGACGACGUGUUUCAGGCCGCGGAGAGCCGACAUCACAAAGAGCUGAUGGAACUGCAGAGCAAACUGAUCCCGGAUGAACCCAUCAACAUUCAGCUAACAUCUGGGACAACCGGGAAUCCAAAAGGAGCCACUCUCUCUCACUUCGGCAUCGUCAACAACAGCUACUUCGCGGGUCUGAGACUGGGGAUGAACCGGCCUGCUCGCGCCUGCGUUCCUGUUCCCCUGUUCCACUGCUUUGGCUCGGUGUUGGGAGGGAUGUGUAUGGCAGUUCAUGGAACCACGUUGGUCUUCCCUUCGUCCAGCUACAACAGCCGAACUAAUCUACAGACCAUACAGGAUGAAAAAUGCAACUUCAUUUACGGGACUCCGACGAUGUUUAUCGACAUGCUGUCACAGAAGGAUUUACACAAGUUUGACUUGUCCUCGGCUGAAUUUGGGCUAAUGGGAGGGUCUGCUUGCUCCCCUGAAAUUGUACGGAGAAUAAAAACAGACUUGAACAUAAGAGGGAUCAUGGUUGCCUAUGGAAGCACCGAGAGUGGCCCACUUUCUUUCCUGACGUUCCCCUAUGACAACAACAACAAAGACAACGUUGGACACAUCUUACCACACACUGAAGCCAAAGUCGUGGACCCGACUACUGGAGAGAUGGUCCCUCUGGGAGCCACAGGAGAGCUGAUGAUCAGGAGCAGCUGUUUGAUGCACGGGUACUGGGAUGACGAGGAGAAGACCAGGGAGGUUAUUGGCAAGGAUCACUGGUACAAAACCGGCGACACCGCGAGCCUGGACAGCCGGGGUUAUCUCCGCAUUGAAGGUCGUAUCAAGGACAUGGUCAUCCGUGGAGGAGAGAACAUCUACCCCGCCGAAAUUGAGCAGUUUCUCUACACGCAUCCCUCAGUGAAGGAGGUGCAGGUGAUCGGGGUGAAAGACGAGCGGCUGGGUGAGCAGGUGUGCGCAUGCAUCAGGCUGAAGGAGGGACACACGUCCAGCGCUGAGGAGAUCACAGCCUUCUGCAAAAACCAGAUCUCUCACUUCAAGAUCCCCCACUAUGUGGUGUUUGUGGACAGCUAUCCUCAGACCGCCUCUGGGAAGAUCCAGAAAAACAAAUUAAGAGAAGAAAUGGAAAAGAAAUUAGGACUUCUUUAAAUCGAGGGGGAAAUACAUCGGCCAGCACGUUUUGUUGUUUUCUUUCAUGUUGCAUUACUGCGUUUUAUUCCCCAGAAAAUAAACAAAUCAACUGCA